UACGUACUGAGCACGUCCCGUAAGAGGAAGGACGAGGCGCAAACAGUGGCUGGGUUCGGUACAAAUUGUGUGCUUGUGUUGUUCGGGUGUGUGUUUCUGUCUACUGCGGUCCCAGAAUCUCUUCUCGCCAAAAAGGAAACUAUGGUCACUCCACUGACAGACUUCGAAAGGAGGAAGCAAAUAAGCGUGAGGGGCAUCGCCGAGCUCGGAGAUGUGGUGGAGCUCAAGAAGAGCUUCAACAGGCAUUUGCACUUCACACUGGUCAAAGAUAGAAAUGUCGCUACCCCUCGGGAUUACUACUUCGCUCUGGCUCACACCAUCCGCGACCACUUGGUCGGGCGGUGGAUCCGCACCCAGCAGUAUUAUUACGAGAAAGAUCCCAAGCGUAUCUAUUACCUGUCUCUGGAGUUCUACAUGGGCCGAACUCUGCAGAACACUAUGGUGAACUUGGGACUGGAGAAUGCCAGUGAUGAAGCAAUAUAUCAGCUGGGCUUAGACAUUGAAGAAUUGGAAGAAAUUGAAGAAGAUGCUGGACUUGGCAACGGUGGUCUUGGUCGACUGGCAGCCUGCUUCCUUGAUUCAAUGGCCACACUGGGUUUGGCAGCAUAUGGCUAUGGAAUUCGCUAUGAAUUUGGUAUUUUUAAUCAGAAGAUUCAUAAUGGCUGGCAGGUAGAAGAAGCUGAUGAUUGGCUACGCUAUGGUAACCCAUGGGAAAAGGCACGGCCCGAAUACAUGCUCCCUGUUCAUUUCCAUGGGCGGGUUGAACAUACCGCAGAUGGCGUCAGAUGGGUUGAUACUCAGGUUGUCCUUGCCAUGCCAUAUGAUACUCCAGUGCCAGGAUUCAAGAACAACACUGUCAACACCAUGAGAUUGUGGUCUGCCAAGGCUCCCAAUGAUUUCAACCUGAAAGACUUUAAUGUUGGUGACUACAUCCAGGCUGUGUUAGAUCGAAACCUGGCAGAGAAUAUAUCUCGAGUGCUGUACCCCAAUGACAAUUUCUUUGAAGGUAAAGAGCUCCGUUUAAAGCAAGAAUAUUUUGUGGUAGCCGCCUCGCUCCAGGACAUCAUCCGUCGCUUCAAGUCUUCAAAGUUUGGUUGUCGGGAUCCAGUCCGCACUUCAUUUGAAACUUUCCCAGACAAGGUUGCCAUUCAGCUCAAUGACACCCACCCUGCCCUUGCCAUUCCUGAACUGAUGAGAAUUCUAGUAGAUGUCGAGAAGCUUGAUUGGGAAAAGGCUUGGGAUAUAACAAAACGGACCUGUGCUUAUACCAACCACACAGUGCUACCUGAGGCUCUAGAACGCUGGCCUGUUCAGAUGUUUGAACGUCUUCUGCCGAGACACCUGCAAAUAAUCUACGAAAUCAACCAGAAACAUUUGGACAACAUUGCUGCAUUGUAUCCUGGUGACGUUGAUCGCCUGGCACGUAUGUCUCUGAUUGAAGAGGGAGAUCCCAAGAGGAUUAACAUGGCACACCUGAGCGUUGUUGGAUCACAUGCUGUUAAUGGAGUUGCACAAAUUCAUUCAGAAAUCGUGAAAAGUACAGUUUUCAAGGAUUUCUAUGAACUUGAGCCAGACAAAUUCCAAAAUAAAACGAAUGGGAUUACUCCAAGACGUUGGUUGUUACUGUGCAACCCUGGCCUUGCAGAUGUCAUAGCUGAGAGGAUUGGAGAGGGUUUUAUCACAGACUUACACCAGUUGAAGAAACUGCUGGCCUUUGCUGAAAAUGAAGCGUUCAUUAGAGAUGUGGCCAAUGUUAAGCAGGAAAAUAAACUUAAAUUUGCUGCUUAUUUGGAAAAAGAGUAUAACGUCAAAAUAAAUCCUUCCUCUCUCUUUGAUGUUCAUGUGAAGCGGAUCCAUGAAUAUAAAAGGCAGCUACUUAACUGUUUACAUAUUAUCACUCUGUAUAACUGUAUCAAGAAGGAACCAAACAAAGCCUUUGUACCAAGGACAAUCUUGAUUGGAGGGAAGGCAGCUCCUGGCUACCACAUGGCCAAGAUGAUCAUUAAACUCAUAACAUCUGUCGGAAAUGUCGUCAACAAUGAUCCCAUUGUGGGUGACAGACUGAAGGUCAUCUUCCUGGAGAACUACCGAGUGUCUCUUGCUGAGAAAGUGAUACCUGCAUCCGACUUGUCUGAACAGAUUUCAACGGCUGGUACAGAAGCCUCGGGCACAGGGAACAUGAAGUUUAUGCUGAAUGGAGCCUUGACAAUAGGAACCAUGGAUGGUGCUAAUGUAGAAAUGGCUGAAGAGGCAGGAGAGGAGAACCUCUUCAUCUUUGGAAUGAGAGUGGAAGAUGUUGAGGCCCUUGAUAAGAAGGGGUACAAUGCCAGAGAAUACUUCGAAAAGCUGCCUGAAUUGAGACAAGCUAUGGAUCAAAUCGGUGGUGGAUAUUUCUCUCCUAAAGAGCCAGAGCUGUUUAAAGACAUAGUUAACAUGUUGAUGUACCAUGACAGGUUUAAAGUAUUUGCUGAUUUUGAAGCAUAUGUGAAAUGCCAGGAGAAAGUUAGUAAGCUUUAUAAGAAUCCAAAGGAUUGGACCAAGGUGGUGAUUAAAAACAUUGCCAAUUCUGGCAAGUUUUCAAGUGAUAGAACCAUCAAGGAGUAUGCCAGAGAGAUCUGGGGGGUGGAGCCUUCAGACGUGAAGAUUCCUCCUCCUAACGAACCGAAGGCUUAGUUUAAGUGCUUAUCAGUUAUCAAGACAGGAGUGUGCGCAAUCUAUGCUGAUGUGUUUUUGUCUAAUACCUCUGCAUAUAUGCCAGAUGUGUUUAUUAUGGAAAUGGCCUUGCAUUAGUUUUUUCUUUAUAAGUACACUUGCUGUGCACCUUAUAAAAAUGUUUGUGAAAAGUUAUUUGAUGUCUGUUACCUAAAUCAGCUUACUUUAACUGUAGAUUCCUUUUAAUAUAAUUAUGGAUUUGUCGGUUCUUCAAAGGGUUAACAUAUUGAGCCUGAUUUUUUUUUUAUUUUUGACUCUCUUUAGUGAUCUUGAUUGUGUCUAGUGGGCAGAGCUCAAUUCAGAAUUAUAAUAGUAAUUACUGUUUCUUCCACAAAUGCCUUUAACAGAUUGUGCCUGUACUGUUUAAUUUGAUGGCGGUUCAAGUGCAGUAUUUGUUUACGUGCAAGGUAAACUGUAACAAGGGGACUUUUUGUACAUGAGCACUGAGAUGAUUUUUACUGAAAUUGAGCAUUUAAGGCAUGAAGGCUAGAAAUAAAAUCUGAGGAUUUAAGAGUGAAUUAAAACAUUCUGCCGGCACAUGUGGUGAAUCCCUCAUUCGCAUUCAUGGUCUAACCUGCCUUUAUUAUCGAUUUGUUGGACAUUCAAAUUGACUUCACAGUUCAAAGUUACCUUAUUAGUGAAGCAAGCAAAGGGGAAUAGACAGUAAAACAAUGACCUGCUGAACUCAGUUAGUUAUUGAAUACUUUCUGACUGUUCUACUAUAUUUAAGGGCCUAACCUGAUCAGUUGAUAUACUGAUUUUUGUGUAAUAAUCAGUUUUUUAAAAAAUUGUUUGAAAUGUGUGUUAUUGUGUGUCAGAUUAGGAGUUGAUUGAAACUGGGACCUUGAGGUUGAGAUGGACUCAUGUUCCCUGGCUGGUUUACAAAGAAUUGUUUCUAUAUUUUGUUCACCAUUCCUAAAGUCUCUGCAGCAAGAAAAGAAAUUGCAAAAAGGAGACUAGAAGUUGAAGCUUUUCAUCUUACAUGCAUUAGAACCAGGACAAGAGAGAGACUUCUUUUUAAACAGAAUGAGAAUGUGUGUGUGGAUUGAUUGGGCUAUAAAUGGCAUGGAGAUGCAGCAAGUUCACUGUUAAUCUUUACUUACAAACCUGUAAAUUCUGAUUGGUCAGAGAAUUGCCUUAGGAAUUCAGCAGAAGUUGGCUGUCUCUGAUCACUUUGAAAAAGGUGCGACAUGUAAAUUCUUUGCCUACAUCAAACAGGGACUGGAAUGUUUAUGUACUUCACUUGUAAUAGGUGCAAAUGGAUCACACUAUAGGCCUGGCUAAUGAUCUAACAUUGCUUUCUGGUGAAAUGCUGAGUGUAGUCUGAAUUAUUUUAAAAAACUAAUUUCAAAUAGCAGAAUCACAGCUAAUGACAGGUUUGCUGAACAGUCAGGUUGCUGCCAGCUCCAAAGGGUCACUAGGUCAUGUUAUUUAAUGCAAUUUCUGGAUCAGUGGUGCUGGAAGAGCACAGCAGUUCAGGCAGCAUCCAAAGUGCAGCAAAAUCAAUGUUUUGGGCAAAAGCCCUUCAUCAGGAAUAAAACAUCUUCAGGAUAAAUGACCUACUUACCAUGUAAAUAAAGAGUGAUUUUCCCCAAGA